AGGUCUAGUAAUGCAUUUGGGCUCCGAAAGCUUGCAAGGGAAAGAAGCGCAUUGAAUAGUUGCAGGCAUUAUGGGGGCAGCCUGUUUUGGGAUGGCAGGAGACAUCGGGGCAUUGGUGUGCCUUUCUUGUACAGCAGGGGCGACAGUUCUUGUCUCCGAAUACCAUCCAAAAGAUCACUCGAGGGAAAUUCAGAGGAACACAGCGCAUGCGAGGAAAGUGAAUGGAAGGAACGCGGGACAGAAGAAGAGGGAGGGAAAGCACCGUGAUGAUCUCUUCUUGCACAAGAUGGAAAGCACUGAACGUCCACAACAUAGACACCUGCUUGAAAAACAAUUCUCAAACUCUUUGAACGUGACAGAAUUUAGGCAACAGGCUCAGAAGAAGCCUCAGGUGCAACGGGGCGCUGAUAACGACGGGUACAUGUCGGAUGGUGAUGAGCGCAAAAUUCAGGGGAGACAGGACAUUGAGAGGGUACAAGAGAAUGAAACGAGCUCGCAAGGCCCAGGGAACUUCAAUUCGCUCAUGAGGAGGAUAAGAAAAAGCUUCAUCCUUCAUGACACCACGGAUAAGGAUGAUGCAAUCCACCAAGUCAAGAUGAUGUAUGAUGACAAGAAGCCAAGCAAACGCGAUAAGACUUCCAACAGUCGACGACGUGGAAAAGAAACGAUUGCAAGCGAGGCCAAGAUUGCAAGCGAUGCUACAUCAUACGUCGAGAACGCUGAGAAAUCGACGAAAAGCCAGGCGUUCAUUCAUCGAAGAGGGAGUGGAGGAUGGACAAACAGAGUUGGUGACGCGGAAAUUGCCAAGCAAUUAGAUUUCCUCAGAGACUCGAAGCAAGAGUGGGAAAUCAAACAUCGAAUCGGUUAUGAUCCUUCAGCCCCUGUACAUAGCAUUGCAAAAGCGAUUCAAUGAAUAUCUCAAUCGAA